AGUGGAACGAGAUGAGUUAAUUUCACUCAGUCUUCAGUCUUCUGGACGUCUUGCAGUUCGAGAAAGUUAUCAGCAUAUUUUGACAUAAACACGUCGAUGGGAUUGUUUUGCAGAAAAGUUGACUUUUUACUUCUGUCAGUGGAAAGGUGCACGUUAACGCGACGAGUGUCCGCUGAUGACUGAAGGCUUUCCCAAGAAGCCGCACAAACUUCUAUUUACAAUUGUUGGUGCAACCCAGCAAACCAGUUGGGACCAUUGUGACUUCCGGUUUUAACAACAGACCAGAAAAAAAAAAAACAUUAACCGCACAUCCCACUCUUAGUGACGUCAUAAGUCACAGCUAUGGGACAAUUAUUAUGACCCGGGGAAUUGGAAAACUGUUCCUCAUCGUAAUGUCACUCCUACGAGUUGUGAAAAUAAAUGGAGAACGGUAUCAAAGAGACCUCGUGAUAUUUAUCACGGGAGACCACCUCUUUGCAUUCAGUGGUCUUAUUUUAGAUACGACACAUGGCAGAGACUGACAAACCGUCAAGUGACGGGACAAAAAAAAAAGCAAUCGAUAAAACAGGCGAUAAGAACUUGUAGUUCUUGCGCCAUGGAGUAUCUCACCUGAUCCGCGACUAAUUUUUUGUCUGGGGGGUGGGCUUGGUGAUAAAAUGAGCCGUUUUGCCCCAGCAGUUUUCCAGACAUCGUGCAAUUGAUUAAUCCCACGGAGUGUGGAGUAAAAUGUCAAGACAUUUCUCUUGGGUAUAAAAAAAUAUUCGCUAAAAUAAAUGGAGAGUAACAGGUGGAGAGUUAUGUUGGUGUCAAUCUAGUGGAGUGAUAGUGACCUUUGUCAAUAAAUUUAUAAACUCGACUACUUUCAAUUACCAAACUUUUCAAUUAAAUUGGGGAGAACAAUGAAAAAAAUAUUGCCAAUCAGUGAUUUCCACUUCCUCUUUGCACAAUCAAUUCGACAGAUGGUGAGAAUUUUUCCCAAAAUACAGGAAUUAUUCUCAUCAUAAAGAAGUCAUUUUCCCAUCUUUACAUCUGAAUGAUUCCGCGGUACGUGAAAAUAAGACAAAGAACGAGUGGAACACAAACCUUGGUCGUCAAGCAGUCAGUUAACUGUAGAUACGAUAAGCAUUUGUAUGUGUAUGUGACUUUAAACACAUGUGCCCUUUAUUAUUCGACGGUAUGAAACUGGCUAUGGGCUUUGUUGAUUUAUAUUUAGAUUAAAGUUCCCCAAGGCUGAGGAUGGUGAGUCUUCCCGAAAUAAAAGAUGUGAAUUCUCGUCGAGGAAAAAUUCCCCAAGAGGAGAGAGUCUUUUCAGACUUUCAUAUCAGUUAAAGAGUGAACAAUGCAGGAAACUUGGUGAUAAGGAGGUGCUGAUAUGCUAAUCAUGUCGGUCGAUUUCUGACGAGAACAAUGACUCUUUCCUCUUUUUAUUUAUAUUUUUUUAUUCAAUGAAGGAGGAAGUUUUGCUUAUCACAAGUGAUGACGAAAAGUCACUUUACUUUUAACAGAUUCAAUUGCUAUGAAAUUCUUCCAAAAAUUAUUGACUCGAAAACAACAACAAUCUUGUUUAUUAUGGUGCAGUUAAUUUCCUUCUGCUGGUCUGGGUAUACUACACCCCCUAGACAUGCUUUCUCACCUCGAAAUCAAAUUGAGGAAUGAAUGAACGAAAAAAAAUCCCUAGUCUGCAAAAAAAGGGCGAAAUUGUCAUUCAGUGGAUGUGAUUUAGCAUCGAGUGGAAUGCGAUCACGAGAACAACGGGAUUUAAUAAUUCCACGCGCCGAGCUCUCAUGGCUUCCAAUAUGGAGCGAAAGUGUUAUGGUAAAGGAGGAAAAUAUAAAUUAUGGCUGUGCCUUGGUCUGCGUCUGGUAACGCAGUGUGUCCUAUUCCCACUCUGACCCUGGAAGAAACGUGAAACAUGCUGUUGGCUUCACAGCCGGUGGAAGGGGACAACAAGACUGCAAACAUGGCGACAGUUUCACUGUUAACAACUCCCCAGCCGCACUUGGUACCCGGGUAUGCGGGCUUCUGUCCGCAGUAUCGCUACCGAUGUGGCGAAACUUACGGCAAUGUUACACACAAACUUCUUUUGGAUCCGACUAUCGAUCGCUCAGAAACACUGGUCCUGUCUAAUCGAGUUGCUGAUGAUUACGAGGUGAUGAGACCACCCAAGGAUGAUUUAGACAUCGUGACCGCCCGCACGAAACGUAUGGACGCAACAUACAAGUAUCCGAUGUUACCGGGUUACCAAGGAUUUAUGCCAAAUCUCAAUGCUCGAUUAGGUCAGAGGUACACGAUAUCGGCUGUCGAGGGUCUAGCGGACUUUGAGCGUCAACAGCUCAAGGACAAAGCCGCGCUGAACCAGUUGAGGAAUGUCAUUGCAGUUCAGGAUGGAAUGGCACAUCCCAGGAGUUUAGCUGAACGCACAAUGAUGAAGACUGAGUUUAAGAUGCCAUUAAUGACAGUGAGACCGGAUUGGGCCAGGAUGAUGAGAAAUACGCCAGUUGAGGAAGACUGUCGUCCCCCACAUAGUCCCAAUCCAUCGCCCUAUUUCAUGGAAACCACAGACGAUGAAAAAUACUUUGUCAAGGGUAAUCACAAUUGUUUCUUUCCUUCAAUUGUUUUCCUCGAUCCCCCAUUAUGUGGCAUUUUCAACGGAUGUAAAUUUUCGAGAAGUUCUCUCCACUUAUUUCUGCUGUUUGUUGAAAUGAACCAGAGUCCCAUGCACACAGGCAUUGGAAGAUAUACCGGACAUGUUCCGCACGGUUAUGAAUACUUCGGUGGAUCCCACAAACCGGUAACAAAUAGUGCCCUAUGUGAAUUCACGACUAAUUAUCGAACCAGACAGAGUGCUGAGUGGGCGCCGGCAUCGAUAUCUCGACCAGAUCCCCCUCUCCUUAUUCAACCCGCCGAACUCUAUCACAAACACGUGGGCAUGCUUCCUAAUUAUCUGGGGCAUAUUCCUGGCGCAGCUUUCAGAUACGGAAAGACAUUUGGAGCAGACACCCGAGACGCAAAGAGAUGGCUCCGAGGAGAUUUCUCUCAUUAAUAACCGUUUUAAUAACAAUGUGCAAAAAUACAUGAUAACAAAGAAUAAUAAAUUGAUGAUUAUCACUUGGAAUGAAUUAUACUUGUUUUGUCUUCCACUUCUUCAAUAUCUCGGCAGCCCUCUGGAGGUUCUCGUCCUUCUUGAUGAAGCAGUAUCGUACGUUUUCUUCGGCCAGAUGCUUGUGUUGCUCACUGUAAAAAGCCGACGGUGGAAUUCCCUGAACGCCAACGUUCUUCGUCAUCCAUUUUGUAAACCUGUAAUCCUUGUAUUUAUCCUGCUCCUGAUCGAGACCAACAUAAUCCUCUAAUGACUUCCAAUUAGCAAUCAUGAAGUAACCACCUUCGGGUACUGUCGGUGACAUGCCAACAUCCGAGAGAAACUUAGCCAUGUAAUCACGCUUGGGUAACAGUUCCCUCGCGAGACUCUCAAAGUAGCAAUCUGGCUGUCCAUAUCGUUUCAAUUCUUCCUCGAACCCCAUCGCUACAGCUUCCUGUUGAACAACAUUAUCCUGAAUAUCGGGGCAUGAUAAUUUUUAAGUCAAGCCGUACUACACGGAACUAUUCAGUUGAUUUUUCCUAGUAAUCAUUAUGCAUAGAGAAGAGGAGAAGAACAAAGGUGGAUUUAAUAAAAAUGAGGGAAUGGGGUUAAACGUGUUUUUACGAAUAUCUUGAGAUCUCGAAGAGGUGGCUAAUCUCUGAUCAUGUUUUUGGGAUGGUUAAUUGACAGUUAUCAACGAGGUCAUGAGAAAAAUCUUUUCAUAUCAUAUUGAGAGUGUACCUGAAGGGGUGUUGGACAGGUGUAGACACAGUUCUGAUGAACAAUUUUCAGGUUAUUCAUCAAGUUAGUGGGUCCAUAAGCCCAUCCAAUCUUCCAGCCAGUGACACUGAAAGUCUUCCCGGCGGAGCCAAUGGUAAUGGUACGCUCGUACAUAUCAGGAAGUGUCGCAAUUCUGAUAUGCUGAGCUGGCUCAUAUACCAUCCACUCAUAAACUUCAUCCGACACCACUAAAGUGUUCCAUUUCUUCGCUAGAUCAGCAAUGAAUUUAAGCUCGUCUAGUGUGAAGACUUUGCCCACCGGAUUGUGAGGAGUGUUCAGGAUUAUUCCUUUGGUUUUUUCGUUGAAGAGACUCUCCAUUUCUUUUCUAUCGAAGACCCAAUCAGCGGAGCUUGUAAUCCCUGUGGAUUUUUUCUGCAAAAUUAAAGUUACAUUAUCAUCGAUCCUGACCAAAAGAUGGACGAUUUCAGCUUUGGUUGAGUACUUGUAAAAAAUGUGACAAGAAUUGUGGGUGAAAUGUAAUGUGUGGGGCCUCCGUGACGGUGUGAGCAGGUAGAUAACAAUCAUGCAGUACUGAUGAAACAAAGUGAAAAACAGUUAUCGUGACAAAUAAACAAGAGAUCUAUUCGAUAAUUAAAAUAAAAAAAGAUGAUUCUUCACAUGGAAAGAACGGAAGGAAGAACUUGUCUGCUUUAGUUAGAAAUAAAAUAUUUGAAAAAAGAUAUCACCACUGACUGGCUUUAAUGGUAUAAAUUUUGGGAUUCCUCCAACGGACUCCACCAUCGGUACAUAGCAAUCGAAGAACGGUUCAAUGAUUAUCCACUCGUCCCCAGGAUUCGUGUGGCCCUGGAGAGCGACGAAGAGAGCCUCGUAAGCACCUGAUGUCACCAAGAUUUCAUUGUUGGCAUCGAUCUUGCGAUUCAACAUUUUUGAGUAUAAUGUUGAUAAGGCACUGACUAAUCUCGGAUGACCCUGAAAUGAUAACCCUGCAAUUUAAACCCUGUAAUCGUCUGUAACGAGACGCACUUAUCUCCCAGCCUUAUUAUUUUGUUGCAUUGUCGAUAAGCUGUCCCAUGUCAGACAUUGAGAAUGAUUAUAGAGUGAGUUGACCGUACAAAUCCACGAGUGUAUUGGUUCAAAAGAGGAUUAUCACUGGUUGUGGUCUUUGCCAGGGCCGUUGUCACGUGCGCUGGUGCAUGAAAAUCGGGAAAUCCCUGGCCCAGGUUAAGAGGGCUGUACUGCGCCGCCAGUGCGAUAUAUUCCACCCUAAGAAAGCGGUUGAUUAUUAAAAUAGACUUUGACCGUUAGCACACUGCUUUUGCAUUGUACAACAUUAUUUUUUGUAUCACCACUAAAUGAACAAAUAUCUUUCUGAGAAAUUAUGGGCCACAUAAAUUUGUUGAAUCAUGCAUA